UUACAGCCUCCUGUACUAUCAAGUGUGUGGCCACUUAUUCAGUAUCUCUUCUGUGAGGGUGAAAAACAACUACAGUACCUUCAUCUUUUGCCUUUGGAUUUAUCAAGCCAUGGCGGACAAAGAACCACAAGCCCUGAAAAUGAAGCAGGAAAUUGGGUUGAUUGGCGGUAUUUCAUUUAUUUCAGGAACCAUGAUCGGCACUGGUAUAUUCAUGUCCCCACAGAUAAUACUGGCCAUCAUUGGAAGCCCAGGAGCCAGUCUGGUGAUUUGGGCUCUCUCAGGAAUUGUAGCUCUAUUUGCAGCACUGUCCUACGCCGAGCUUGGUACAGUCAUUCCUGAAUCUGGUGGAGAGUUCAUCUACCUACUGAGGAUCUAUGGUUCAUGUCCUGCUUUCUUUGCAGCAUACACUACUGUCAUAGUUCUGAAGCCGUUUGGGGCUAGUGCAGCGGCAUUGAGUGUUGCAGAGUAUGUGAUAGCACCCUUUUACCCUGACUGCCAUCCUCCUGAGCUGGUAGUAAAAUGUGCUGCUGCUGUGACUAUACUGAUUGUUACCAUAGUCAAUGUCAUGAACGUCCGGGUUGCCAUCAGAAUCCAAGUGGUCUUUUUGGUGGCAAAAGUACUGGCGCUGACCGUCAUUGUAAUUGGAGGGAUAGUCAAGCUCGUCCAGAGCAGCAGUGUAAUUGUGGAGAAUUUGAAGGUUGAGAAUGCAUUUAAAGGCACUCAGCUCUCUGUGAACAACUUAGGAAUGGCUUUUUAUCAAGGACUGUGGUCUUACGCUGGAUGGUACAACUUGAAUUAUGUCUACGAGGAGCUGAAAAGACCUGAGGUGAAUCUUCUAAGGGCAGUUAUCAUAGCCUUUUCUCUGGUGACUGGCUUGUAUCUGCUAGUGAAUGUGAGCUAUCUGACAGUGAUGACACCAAAAGAGCUCAUGUCCUCCGGUGCAGUGGCAGUAACCUGGGGGAAUAAGGUGUUUGGGAGCUGGGGCUGGAUCAUGUCUGUGGCUGCAGCAUUAUCUGCCUUUGGUUCACUGAAUGGGUCAUACUACAGCGGCGGCCGUGUGUGCUUUGUUGCUGCUAGAGAAGGACACAUGCCAGAUAUUCUGGCCAUGGCUCAUGUCCACAGACUGACUCCAUCUCCAGCCCUUAUCUUCACCACUAUUAUCUCUCUGCUGGUGCUUAUCCCCGGAGACUUCCAGAGUAUUGUCAACUACUUCAGUUUCACUGCCUGGAUUUUCUAUGGCAUCACCCUGUCUGGACUCAUCUAUCUCAAGAUAAAGAAGCCAGAGCUUCCGAGACCAUACAGGGUCCCCAUUAUACUCCCCAUACUGGUCCUCCUUGCAGCGAUAUGCCUGGUGCUGGCCCCCAUCAUAGACAAUCCUAAGAUUGAAUACCUUUAUGUGACUUUAUUCAUCUUCAGUGGGACUAUAAUAUACAUACCCUUCGUCCAUUACAAGCUCUGCCCCAACCUGUUGACCAAGUUAACAGUGUUCCUGCAGCUCUUCCUAGAGGUUGCCCCAGUAGACAAAAACCUCUGAUUUAGUAGGUUUGUUUCCAGUUUGUGCUUUUAUCAAACAUUGCAGCUUCAAAAUGUGUGAAACAAAAAGAACCAAAGAAUCAAACUACAGCAUCUUUUGUCAAUAACAUGUGUACUUUUUAAAUACUAUGUAUUAUAAUUCUAAAAGAACUGACUUCAAUAAAAUGAUGCAUGAACAACUGUUUUUCUGAAGUGUGCAGCAUGCGAGGAGAACAUCUGCUUGGUGAGCCUUAUGUUAAAAAAUAACACUCACACAGAUUAUGUGAUUUUAAAAAAAGUUUAUUAAAUAAUUGUUAUCUGCCAAAAUUAUAAAAGUAGACAUGGCCAAAUCAUAGUGCAACUUUCACAUGACAAAAGAUUGUUUAACACAAAACAGGAAAGAGCAGGGAAGGGAGAGAGGUGUUUAAGUGGGUAAAUGUACUGGGUAAGCACACAGACUGAACAUUUGUAUGACAGUUAUCAUACAUUAUUAUCAAUCUCAUCUGUCUGGUGACAGAUGAGAUUGAUGAUAAUGUAUGAUAACUGUUUUUGUUUGUUCAGCUUGCUUACUCUGUAACGUAACAACUGCCAUCAUUGCUUCAUUUUUUGAAGUAAUUUUGCAUUUUUUACAAGCUUGGGGUUGUCAACGCCUGCUGAUCCAUUUAGGAAAAAGGGAAAAUGAGUUGUCUUUAAAUUAAAUAGAAUAAUGCUGGGAUAGUGAGAACACUGAAACAGCUCAUCCUUGACCACAGGUUACAACACAGUUCAAAACUAAAAAGGUAAUUUUUAAGUUCACGUGUGUAAUUUGCAAUUUGUGUGUGUGUGUGUGUGUGUGUGUGUGUGUGUGUGCGUCUGUGUGAG